UGUUCUAGUUGGCACAAAGAUACCCUUUAUAAGAGAAGCUUGUUCCGCAUACAACACCGUCUAGACAUCCAGCCGCCGUGGCCUGAAUCGCAUCGACCGCGGCGUAUGAGCGCAUCUGCCAUCCCGGCACGGCAUCAUGACUCCAUCGCAACCGCUAUGGAUGUGCAUCUCACAAGCAAUCCCAUCUGCAACGCAUUGCGGGCGCUCUCGACUCGCCAAUCACCCCCCCCUCCCAGCUAACAUUCAUCGCCUCAACCACAGCCCUCACAAGGCCCUGAGACAACAGCGCGCACCUCAUUGGCCACGCGCACCCGCGACCCAGAAAUGCGAUCCGCAGGACGUUCCGCAGCCCUGCAUGUUGUCGAGCUGGAUUACCAUUUUCCCGCGCGAUUUUGGCCCAUUCGGCAUGUUGCUGUUCCAGGAGGGUGUCAGGUUCGGUGUGAGAUGGCGAUCUUGUUACGGCGCGGAGGUGAAACAGUGGUGGGGGGUUGCGGGAGGAGGGGCUUGGACUAGCGCAUGUCGCGAUUUUGUGAGGGUGGGUAUACUGGUGAGAUAUUGGUGCGUGGGCUGGGGUUGGUGUGUCAAGUUUUUUUUGGUGGUGCGUUUGGUGGUGGUGGUGUUGCGGGUUGGGUUGGCGGGUGGAAGGAUGUUGCCUUGUGGGUGCCUUGCUUUUCUGUCACGGUUUGCGCGGGUACUUGACUUGUCACUAGAACUGUAGCAGUAGAUCUUGUCGGCAAGUCGCUCAUUGUCGACACUGAUUUUCUCCCAAUCGUCUUAGUUGAGAUACUCGACUUGCGUCUUUUUCAUCCCCAUCCUUCCUACACACCAAAGACCCAACACCACAUUCCGAUCAUAAAAUACAUCUCGUCUUCUCUAGACUCGAUCAACUGCCUUCCUCCCAACAUCAUCCUCUCAUCCAACUCCCCAAUAUGGAGAAAUUCAACCCCCC